AUGAGCUGCAGAGAAAAAGGGGAGAGAUACGGCAAUGUCAGUGCCAAGGGCGUCUGGCCAAAUAACUGGGUGGGCGGUGACGCUGCCCCUGAGAACUGGAAGAACGGGGAAGGAGGACUGCAGCCGAACCCUGGGCCCUCCUCUACAAUGUGGCUUCUCCCUCUCUCCUUCCUGCUGACAUCCACAGGUGAGGUGGCCCCAGCUCAGGAUGGCGGCAAGUUGCUGGAAGGUGAGGAGUGUGUACCCCACUCCCAGCCGUGGCAAGUGGCCCUCUACGAGCGUGGUCGCUUUAACUGUGGCGCUUCCCUCAUCUCCCCACACUGGGUGCUGUCUGCGGCCCACUGCCAAAGCCGCUUCAUGAGAGUGCGCCUGGGAGAGCACAACCUGCGCAAGCGCGAUGGCCCAGAGCAACUAAGGACCGCAUCUCGGGUCAUCCCACACCCGCGCUACGAAAAGCGCAGCCACCGCCAUGACAUCAUGUUGCUGCGUCUAGUCCAGCCCGCACGCCUGACCCCCCAGGUGCGCCCCGUGGUGCUACCCAUGCGUUGCCCCCACCCAGGGGAGGCCUGUGUGGUGUCUGGCUGGGGCCUGGUGUCCCACAACGAGCCUGGGACCACAGGGAGACCCCAGUCACAAGUGAGUCUCCCAGAUACGUUGCAUUGUGCCAACAUCAGCAUUAUCUCCGAUGCAUCUUGUGACAAGAACUACCCGGGGCGCCUGACGAACACCAUGGUUUGUGCAGGCGCAGAGGGCAGAGGCGCGAAAUCCUGUGAGGGUGACUCCGGGGGACCCCUGGUCUGUGGGGGCGUCCUACAGGGCAUUGUGUCCUGGGGUGACGUCCCUUGUGACAAUACCACCAAGCCUGGUGUCUAUACCAAAGUCUGCCGCUACGUGAAAUGGAUCAGGGAAACCAUGAAGAGGAACUGACUAUUCUGGCCUAUCACCUGUGCCCCUGACUGAGCAGCAGCCCCCACAGCUGGCCAGCAGCCCCGCUUGACAUGGAACAGAAUGAAGCCAUCCCCCAAGACCUUGUCCAAGGCCCAGAUGUUAGCCAAGGACUUGUCCCACCUGAGGACAAAGCUGGCGCUCAAGGUCACCCGUUUAAUGCCAGGAUAACAAAGCGCUGAUCCAAGUUUCUCUGUAGGAAUUUCUGUGACUUCAUUCUGUGGUUAAAGGGAAACCCAGAGACACUGUACACUGUUCCUUUCACCCACCACCCUGAUCCCUGGGUGAGGAGAAAUGGCCUGAAGUAAGGCUCCAUUCAUUCAACACACAUGACCAGCCAUGUGAUGAACAAGAAACUUAAUCUCACUUGGCCUUGGUUUCCCCAUCUGUAAAAUGAAAACAUCUUAUUGCUGACUUCAAAGAGCUGUUGUGAGGAUUAAAUGAGAUGAUGUGUCUGAACUGACUAAAACAGUGUCUGGCACUGA